UCAAGAUGGGUUGUAUUUUACAUUUGGCAGUUAUUUUAUGGACAUAUUCAUGCAAAAUACAAGGACUCCAACAUGUGUUUGUGCAGCAUGAAAAGGACUUACACCUGGAUGUACAGAAACCUGUUGAACUUGACAAAAAGACAGAUUUAUUCUGGAAAUUUAAUACCAGUAAUUAUGUUGGUAAAAUCGGUUAUAGUACAGAGGCAAUAUUAUUUGAUGGCUAUGAAGGAAGGGCUGAGUUGUUUAAACAAAAUUACUCCUUGAUCUUAAAGACUGUUCAGCACAAUGACAGUGGAGAUUACAUUGGAAUAGUGACUGGAGGACAAGAACGAAGGGUGGCUGAAUACAAGGUCACAGUCCAAGAUCCAGUGUCACCGGUUGACCUGACAGUGACCUCCAGCGGCUCAGACUCCUGUAUCAUCACUGUGACCUGCAGCACAGCGGACUUAAAGAUCAGCAGAACUUUUAGAUGUGAUGCCCAAAACUGCUCUCAGGUGGAAGAAAAGAGUUUGAAAGCCACAAAAAACUUUUCGUCUCUGAUCAUUUACCUGCAGCAAGACACCAUCGUUUGUAACCAUAGCAACCAAGUGAGUUGGAAACAGAGCAAGGUGACCAAACUGCAGUGUGAGCCAAAGCCAGAAACCAACAAUACUGUUGUGAUUGUAAUUGUGAUUGUGAUUGUGAUUGUUGGUGUAAUUCUUGCUGCAAUCGUUUAUUCUCGUCAGCGAAAGAAAGGAAUGUAUGACAGAGAAAGCAGAGAAAACACAGUGUAUGCAGUUCCUGAGGUUGUAACAACACCAUGUUUGGAACAGAAUCUAGGCGGUGACGCUUCAGUUAGCGCUUCAACAUCCACGUACUGCUUGGUGGGGUCUCGUGCUGGACCCACGGGAUCCACAGAGCCCAAAGACAAAGCUUUGCCAGAAAGCUUGUAUGCACAGAUACAGAGUCAUCCGAGGUCUAAAACAUCUUCGGGAUCCUAAAACAGCUUCCUGCCUCAGUAGAUUUUAAUAUGAGCAUUGGCGCCUUUAUGCAACAUAUCAAUUCAAAAGCAAAUGACUAAGUAAAAACCAGGAAUAAGAAAUGCCAAAAUCAUAAUAAAUAUGAACAACUGAGAAUACUGUCACCUUCUGUGAUUGGCAUUAUUGUGGUAAGAAAUAUAGUUGGAGAUUCCUUUGUGAGCCUCUGGGUUUUUGACUAAUAUUCUGCUCAACCCGAUAACAUGUUAGCUUUUUUCUAUGUGAUAUGCUAUGGAAAUAAAAAGCUGAGUUACUAGUGUGGCUAAUCAGAUGAGCUAUUACAUAUACAUCCAGCAAAUUCUUAGACUCAUUAUGAUCCAUCCCAAAAGACCUGGUUGCUUGUAAGUGAGAUACCUUGUUGAUGCUAUUUUGCUGUGUGGUUUGUUGAUUGUAACUGACAUGUUAAUUACUGGAUGCAGGAACAUGAAAAUAUAUUCUUCUCACCCCUUAAUGUAAUGAGUACUGAUAUUUUACUAGUCCAAAAAAAAGCUAUGCUUCUGGUGACCCCGUGGGUGGGCUUCAGAUCUCCCAGUCAUAUUUUUUUAUAUUGGCAAACUCAGUAACCUUUGCACUAACUUAAAAACAGAUUUUACGUGGCACAGGGAGCCACACAUGCUCAUCAGUGUUUUAAAACAAAAUCCCCCCUCAAACACGUGUGUCACCAGAAGCAAACAUGAUUCAUUAAGCCUUAAUGUAAGAAAACUCUCUUAAUCAUGUUGUAUUCUUAUCUGCUUUAUCAUGACAGUGAUAAAUGAUACAACAGUGAUUAUACUUCAUUGCCUGUUAUUUGUCAAAGGUCUAUUUAAAC